GCCGGGAUCAAUUUGCUUAUUAACUUAUUACUUACUAGUGCAGUUUGGUUUAUAUAAAAAUUCUAUCAAGAUGAUCGACAUUCUACUAUCAAUUAUAAUAGUUAUUAUAGCUGCUAUAAUUUACUAUUUUAAUAUACCUGGGGAUCAACCUGCCAAACUUACAGGAGGUGGUCCAGUCUUCCCGACUUACAGGAGUGAUCCAAAAUAUCAGUCGAAUACAUGUAAUGUAAGACCUAUUUUACAAGGUUUAAAAAAAAGUGGUGCUCCUAGAUUUGAUCUCAGGAAUUGCGUCCAGGAAUGUGGAAUUCAAAAGAGAUACGUAAAUCCUGAUUAUAUUGUAAAGCCCAAUUCACUUAUAACCGAACUAUUUUCCAAGACGACAGAACGUCCAGUUUGGAGCCAGGAAGAGAACCUAUUCACCAAUAGACACGUUCACGAAUUCACCGAUUUGGAAGAAUCUUCAAAAGAGUUUGAAAGAAUCGAAGAGUUACUCAACAAAAGCAACAGAAAUUGUUUUGAAGUCACCAGAAUUCGCCGUGUGCUCAACAAAUAUUUGCUGCUCCAGUACGAGUUAAAAAAACGAUCACUAACCAAUCCAAUGGAAAAACUUCUCUUUCACGGCACAAAACAGGAAAACAUCGAUGUUAUUUGCGCAAACAAUUUCAAUUGGCGACUGUGUGGGACAUCCAGAGGGCACAUUUUUGGACAGGGUGUUUCUUUCGCUAAGCACUGCACCUAUGCGAGCCAUUAUUCAGACAAAACCUAUUCCAAAGUCGUCAUAUUAUCCAAAGUGUUGGUAUCCAAAUCUUGUGUAGGAGAAAAAAACACGGUGGUUCCCAAAGAACCGUGUGAUACUACGACCAAAAGUAAUGGAGAUGUUUUCGUUAAAUAUGACGAUUUCACUUUUUAUCCAAAGUAUGUUGUUUAUUAUGAAGGGGAGGUUGAAAGAAAUUAUACCAAACCUUCUAUUUAUUAAAUAUAU